CAGAGGAACCAUGCUAACUCUGGUGGUCAGCAGCCUGCUAGCGGGGCUCCUGGCCCUGCUCCUCUACCAGAGGAUCUCCUACCCCCUCUUCUUCGUGGAUCUCAUCUACUACUGGAAGCUCCAGAGGUACCGGAAGGAGCUGCAGGCUCGUAUGCAGCAGGGGAUCAUCACGUACCUCGACUGUUUCCUCCACCAGGCCAAGAAGAACCCGAACAAACCCUUCAUCAUCUUCGAGGACCAGACCCUGACCUACGGAGACGUGGACCGGAGGAGUACCCGGUUCUGUAACGCUUUAAGGACGGAGGGAUCCGUGAAACCGGGGGACAUCGUGGCUCUGCUGAUGUUCAACGAGCCGGACUUCAUGUGUGCCUGGUUGGGACUCUGUAAGCUGGGCUGCCAGGUCGCUUUUCUCAACGUCAACAUCAAAUCUAAGAUCCUGGUCCACUGUGUGCAGAGCUGCGGGGCCAGGACGCUGCUGCUCAGCAAAGACCUGGUGGCUUUGGUGUCCGAGGUUCUUCCUGAUUUAAAGAAAGAUGACGUGAGCCUGUGGGUGGUCGAUCACACGUCACCGUCCGAGGAUUUUAAAAGUCUGUUGGACAAAGUGGAAAACUCGCCUGCUGAAAUGUUAGCUGAUCUUCCUAAAGUCGACAUCAUGUCCAACUUUCUCUUCAUCUUCACCUCAGGAACCACCGGUCUGUCCAAAGCGGCCCGUGUGGGUCAUCUUAAAGCCAUCAUGAGCAUGGCCUUUUUAAACAUGUGCGGCGCCACGUCUAAUGACAUCAUCUACGUCACUCUUCCUCUGUACCACAUGUCUGCGUCUCUGUUAGCCAUGGGAGGAUGCAUUCACCUGGGAGCCACAUGCGUGUUGAAGAAGAAGUUUUCUGCCAGUCAGUUCUGGAAGGAUUGUGUGAAGCACAGAGUGACCGUGGUUCAGUACAUCGGAGAGCUGCUCAGAUACCUGGUCAACCAUCCCACUGUUCCAGAGGAGAAAUCUCACCAUGUGCGUCUGGCAGCGGGCAGCGGGCUGAGGGCAGACGUCUGGAAGCAGUUUGUGAAACGCUUUGGUAAAGUGAAAAUCAGAGAAGGUUAUGGUCUGACCGAGGCCAGCAUCGGGUUCCUGAACUACACAGACGAGGUUGGAGCGAUCGGGAGGGCGAGCUUCUUCAACAAGCUCUCGAUGCCCUUUGAGCUCCUCAAAUAUGAUCCACAGACGUAUGAGGCUGUCCGAACCGAUUCUGGGCGAUGCAUCCGAGCGAGAGCAGGCGAGGCGGGGAUCCUGGUUUCUCCUCUGAGCGUCAUGAACCAGUUCCUGGGCUAUGCGGGGAACAAGGUCCAGUCUGAGAAGAAACUGCUGAGGGACGUCUUUAAAGAGGGAGACGUUUAUUUUAACACCGGAGAUCUGCUGCUCAUCGACCACCGAGAGUUCCUCUACUUCAGCGAUCGUAUCGGAGACACCUUCAGGUGGAAAGGAGAGAACGUUUCCACCACUGAGGUUUCUGAGGUUUUAGGAGUGCUUGAUUUCAUCCAGGAGGCCAAUGUCUACGGAGUCUCCAUCACAGGUUAUGAAGGUCGAGCAGGAAUGGCGGCCGUCGUCUUAAAACCAGAUCAGAAAUUAGACGGAACAGACCUUUACAACCAUUUAGUGCAGACUCUUCCUGCGUACGCCUGGCCGUGGUUCAUCAGGAUACAGAGCGCUCUGGAUGUGACGGAGACGUUCAAGCAGCAGAAGGUGAAACUGGUCCAGGAGGGUUUUAAUCCAGACGUCACUCAGGAUCCUCUCUACUUCUUAGACGUCUCUCAGCGGGAUUAUAUCCCUCUCACUGCGUCUCUUUAUGAAGACGUUAUCUCAGGAAAGAUCAGGUUAUAGAAGUAUUCAUGCAGGAUUACUGACAGUCCACAGUCAACCACGGAUAAGCUAACACUUUCAGAGGCCUUCCUUUUUAGUUGCUGGAUUUUAAACCGUCAUGGUUUUAGAUGGUUCGAACAGAACAGGAGACACAGACACAGGGACAGAGUCAGAUACUCAGCAUGGAGGACAGUUGGCGUUGUCGGCAGGCUGUCCUGGUGAACAUUUUACUCUGCAGCAGAAAACUAAAACAGAAGGCGGUUAAAGCCCUGGCUGAGAGACAGUAUAGCCAUGUUUUUGUUUACUGCCUCGCCUCGGCCUCGCUCUCAUUGGCAGGUAUUCCGUCCAAUCUGGGAUCACGAAUAUCAAACAUUCUGGAUAUCUGAGGGUCAGGUAGACUUAGACUCAGACAGGAACUGUAAAUGAUCAGACUGACCCCAUACACUUGAGGAUCAUUUAGACCAGGGGUGUCAAACUCAGACUGAGUCUGGGGCCAGAUUUGCUCCGAUGAGACGUCAUGAAGGCCGGACUAUUUAGGCUAGGGCCGGACUAUUCAGGCUAGGGUCGGACUAUUCAGGCUAGGGUCGGACUAUUAGGCUAGGGCCGGACUAUUCAGGCUAGGGCUGGACUAUUCAGGCUAGGGUCGGACUAUUUAGGCUAGGGCCGGACUAUUCAGGCUAGGGUCGGACUAUUUAGGCUAGGGCCGGACUAUUCAGGCUAGGGUCGGACUAUUUAGGCUAGGGCCGGACUAUUCAGGCUAGGGUCGGACUAUUAGGCUAGGGCCGGACUAUUCAGGCUAGGGCCGGACUAUUCAGGCUAGGGCCGGACUAUUUAGGCUAGGGCCGGACUAUUCAGGCUAGGGCCGGACUAUUCAGGCUAGGGCCGGACUAUUCAGGCUAGGGCCGGACUAUUCAGGCUAGGGCCGGACUAUUCAGGAUAGGGCCGGACUAUUCAGGCUAGGGCCGGACUAUUAGGCUAGGGCCGGACUAUUUAGGCCAGGAGUGCCAUAGUCAACUACGGAUUCUAAAUUUAGGCCUAACAAGGUCGCGUUGACCCAUAAACUGUCAACCUCAUUUUCACCAGAAGUAACAUGAAAGAAAUACCCCUGAUAAUAAAUCAUUCUGAGAUGAAAAAUGUCCAAAUGUUUAACCCUUUACCUA